AUGUUGAGCGACGACUCUGACGAAGAGUCAGAGGAAAUUGUCGUCUCUCCAUACAAGGAGGAGACUGAGAAGCAUGAGGCUUUGGGCGAGGACGAUAGUGAGAAGGUGAAUGAGAAUGAGUCCACUGCACAACAGAGCGAAGGCCUGGCGCGUGAGUCGCCUGGGAAGUCGUUGGCCCCUCGUGCAGAGAAGGUGGUUUCUCGAAUAGCUCGCCUGUGGCGGCAGCACAUGGAAGAUACGGAGCGACGUGGUGAACAGAGAGACCUCAACGAUCGCCUGGCCAUGUCGGCGGAAUAUCGAUCAUGGGUCACCGGGGUGGACCUGAAGUCUGGUGAGGCACUGCCCAGCUUCACGGAUGUUUGGGUUGAGCUGGAGCUGAAUAAGCGUCCGAGUACUCCAAAAGGAGAGGGAGAAUGGCAACAAACCCAGUCCCAAGAGUGGGAACAACCGGAAAAAAGGGAAGACUGGGGACCACGACGAAGGUGGCAAAGCAGGUGGCACAAUACGCGGCAGGGAGAAAGCUGGAAAGAUGGUGAGCACAAGGAGGCCCGCAUCAUUCUGGCGCCUGCAGCCGGCAGACCUGUUUUGAAAGAGGUCAGUCGGGCUGGUCUCGCGCUGAAACCUGCGCCGACCGCAGACCCAUUGGCUGACUUUGCAGCAGAGGGGAGCGUCACCUACCUCAGAGAGAGGGACGCAGUUGUCCACGACGGAAGGCACCAUCGACAUGAUCGGCCUGUGAGCCCUGAUCGCCCUCCUCGUCACAAGGCACAUUUGGCACCUGCAAACAGUUACUACUAUGAUCAAUUUCAGAGUCUGCGAAUCUUUGAUGAUUGCCUCCAGGACAUGUGCAAUAGAGGAUUGAAGACAGAUCUUCCUAUCCGCGCAUCAGUGUUCUUGGAUGAAAUGUAUCAGAGGGACAGUCACUUUCGGAUGUGUGAUACGCCUUUCAGAGACUUUUCAGAACUCCUUGACGCAGCAGAGAAGGAAGGAUUGGUAAAGGUCAACAGAAGCGGCUCACAAGAGUACAUUUCGAAGGUCAAGUACCCAUAUCGAGUGCUUACGCGACGGGAUGAAUACCAUCCAGAGCGUGAGCGGCGCAUGAAGCCCAGUGGUUUCAUGUACUGGGCCAAGCAUGUCGAAGGCGUUUGCCUUCAAAGAGUAGGAGCAGGUCACGUGGGGCUCGUGUCGUUCAGAUCCGGGAGGUGUCUCAUCACCGACGAGGAGGAGUCCUCCCAACGCGAGCUGUUGCAGACAGGCUUCCAACGCUUGGCGCGGAACUUGGAAGUUUGCCGUGAGCGCCUCACCGUCUUGGACCGGCCAGACGUGGGAAGGAUCUUGGAGACCCUGAGGCCUUUAGAGUUGGUAUGGCAAGAGCUGUCACAGGCAUGCUCCACAGCUCGCCAAGUGGAGGCCGGGGCUGGAAGUUAUGAGUUUCUUCGGCACUCCUUGGAGGUUACCCAGCGUGAGUGUGAAGAGUUGAGUGCAAAGAUGCUACGCCAGAGCCAAGUGAACGAUGACUUGGAGCAGAAGUUGGCCCAUGCCAAGGCAGCGCGCCAAAGACUUGAAGAAACCUUGCAGGGAAACGAGGAUGAACUUCAACGGCUGAAACACCAAGAAGCCUUCGAGAAGGAGCGGUUGGAAGACUUCCGCCGCAGAUCAAAAGCAGAAGCGGAUGCGAAAGAGGUAGAAGCAAGGAGACUCCAUGAGCAAGCGUUGGCGGAACGGACCAAUCACCACCAUCAAAGCAUGGUGCUGUUGAAGGCCAAGUUGCAAAAACUGCGACAGGGCCUUCCACCCGCCAAGUUGCAGCUGCGAGCUAUGCGAGAAGCACUUGAGAAGCCGGCCAUCCAAGGUAUGCAGAAGGAGCUGCAGACUGACCUGAGCCGGAUGGAAACAAAGAUUUUGACGAAUCUGACGUCCUUUAUGCGAAUACAGGGUGCCAAGAAAUUCGCUUCCGAAAGUACAGCGAAGCAGCUGGAGAUACAACUCGCGCGCGAAAGUGAGAGGCAACGACAGGAGAAUCUCAGGACAGCACAGCAACAGGCCAUAGUAGCUGCUGAUGCUGCAGAUUUUCAGGCGCACUCCACUCGAGAGAUCGAACGGCUUUCGUCCCAGCUGCGCGCCACUAGCAGUGCGCUGACGGCUGAACGUUCCAUGGCAAUUCAGGAGCAGUCCCAAAAGGAGAGACUUGCGGAAACUGCUGAAGCCCAGCAGAAAAAAUCAACCUCCGCUUUGGAGAGAGCCAGGCAGGAGCUGCAAAACCUGCAAGUUGCCAAAGCCACUGCCGAGGCUGAGCUGCAAAGGCAGCAGGAAUCAUUGCGUUUGCUGCGGAAGCAAACACGUGAAACCUGCGACAGCAUCAGCAUGGUGACAAAUGGCAACGAACAUUUGAAGGAACAAUUGGCUGAGUACAAAGCACGUGCUCAAAGAGUUCAACAGGAAGAGGAAGCAAACAUGAAGUCUGCCCAUGCGGAGGAGCUGCUAAGACGGCAGCAUGCUCACGAGGCAGACUUGGUUGCCCUGAAGACUCGUGCCGCCGAAUUGGACCAGAAGAUCCUGUUGAGGGAAGCCGAAGCAGCUUCCCAGCAGGAGCAGUCGGAAGCAGCUAGUAAGACUAGACAGGCAUUGCAAGAGGAGAUUGCAACGUUGAAAAAACAAUGUGCAGACCUUGGCGAGAGCCGAAAAGCAUUGGAGGAGACAGCCAUGAAGGAGGAAGAGCUCUGGGCGCAAGAAAGACUUGCCUUGAAGACCUCCUUGGAAGAAGUGCGGUUGGAGGUUGAGAGGUUGGAGGAGUGCAGCCAGGCGGCGACCAAGCAGGCACAGGCCAGAGCUGCAGAGCUCAGCAGAAGACGACAAGAGCAAAACGAUCACAUCGAGUCUUUGAAAGCCGACCUGCAUAAGGCGAAAGCCCAGUUGAACGAGGCUAAGAACCUGCUAAUUGCGGAGAACGAUGCGUUAAGAGAUGCCUCGACAGCGCUACAAGGGAAUCCUCGAGACGGCUUGGAGGGUCUCGCCAGCAGAAGCAGCGCGCUGCAGGACAAGGAGGCUCUCAGCCGAUUUCUGGAAGCCAAGGGUAUGCAAGGUUCGGAUGGUCACCGACGAUUCCCAACUCGUGCGAUGGAAAGCCCACUGACACACCAGGAUCCAUUGAGCCAAGCAAGCUUUCGCCAUGCAGCCGUUGGAGACGCAGCGCUGUGGCGCGAAGCCCAGGAGCAGCAACGACUGGCUUUGGCUCAUGGCCGCGCGCAGCUGGAUGCAGCUCUGGUGGAGACGGAGCAAUGGAAGCAUUUGUUGGACGAAAAGGCUCAGGCUUCGCCGCCAGAACGACGGCCAGCGAGCUUCGAUCGCAAUGUUGGAACCCUGAGAGUUGGCGUUGAGGGACCAAUCUGGCGUGACCAUCGUGAAGACCGGGGCGACCGGGGCGACCGGAGUGACCGGGGUGACCGGGGCGACCGGGGCGACCGGGGCGAGCGGGGUGACCGGGGCCGGCGGAAUGCCAACCGAGCCAAGCGCGCUUCUCCACAAGCGAACCGAAGCCGGAGAGGUGAUGGCGGCCGGGACGAACGGAAACCCUUGCCAGUGCUUUCAGCGAGAGAAAAGCGUCGCGAGGCUGCAUUGAAGACAGCCAAAGCGAAAGCGCGCCCAAAGGCUUUACCGAAGGAAGGUGGGGAAGACCAAGGUACCAACGACCAAGCCAGCACCAGAGGAGAUCGCAGGAUGCAAGCGAAGUCCAAAGAAGAGGACAACAAACAACCCUUUGCAGCAAAGCAAGUUAAUGCCAAAACAAUUCAAGCUACCAUUCAGGCGAAACGACAGAAACUCGUCGAGGAAGCGCAGAGGGUGCAGGAGCCAAAUCAGAAAGAAAAGGCACAGCAAGGUGGCAGCCCGGAAGAGGGUGAGUCUUCAUCUUCUUACUACAGUGACGAGGAUUCAAACGAAUCCUCCAGCAGCAGUGAUGAGUCAGAAGAGUCUGAGUCAGAACCGAAGGAAAAUAAAUAA